UUAUUUUCCCCCAUCCCCCAAUCUAUUUUUUUCCCUUUUUUUUUUUCUUUUUGUAAUUUCCCUAUUAUUUCCCCUCUACAUUUCCCAAUUCCUCGCCGAUUAAUUCGUACGUUAAUCGCGCUUGAACAUGCCGGCGCCGCUUAUUUAGUUCUUAAGUUUUCCCUACUCUCGAGAUCUGUUUAUUCGCCAUCAGGAGUUGCGGGUAGUUGAUGUGACUGGAGGGAGUUUAAAAGAAAAAAAAAAGUGUUGUACGGGUGUCCCAGAUGAGAAGAACUGAUGUUAUUGACAGUAGAAGGAGGAGGGUUCUUCUCUUCUUCAGCUUCUGGGUAUAGCAAGGGCUUGGCCCUUCUUCUCUUGGGUAAGAAGCACGAGGACAAGCUCAUGAGAGUUUUGCCGUGGCACCAUUACCAGUUGGUGGACCUAGAACCUGAUCCUGACCUCCAGCUGGCUUCCAUCAAGAACCGGCUUUCCUGCGGGUGCGCCUCUUUUGUCUGCUUUGGUCGCACUUCCGCAGGGCUUGAUACCCCAUCGCCUUUAAAAGUUGGCCCUUUUCAACAGCAGGAUGUCUUGCCAGGGCCUCUUGUUUCUGAUAAGAAUAAUGAUCAUGCUACUCAACUUGAUGAUGGCAAUUGUAAUGCAAGAAAGAUUGCUCUUAAAAGUAGUUUGAAGAAGCGAUCCAAUAGUACUUCAGUUCCUCUUCAGGAUGUUAAUGACCUUGAGGCGUCAAAGGAAAAGGAUGCUGGUAUCCCUAGUUAUGCAGAACGAAGAAAGGUGCAGUGGACAGAUGCUUGUGGUAUUGAGCUUGUUGAAAUCAGAGAAUUUGAGCCCAGUGAAACAGGUGGAUCAGAUGAUGAAUUCGAUAAUGGAAGUGAAAGAAGUUGUUCAUGUACAAUUAUGUAGUUUGGCCAUUAUGUUGAGUUUCAAUGGUGCAUCAGGUAAAUAAUUGCUAACAGAGCUGGUCUUAUGUUGGAGAUGCUUAAUGAUUUGUGGGCAAAGAAGACUUUUUCUUUUAUUCUACAUGGAAAUGGAAUGCAAAAAAUAGAGGUUUUUUUUGAGCAUAUCACCUAUAAUUAUUAUAAUAUAAUUAAUCAAUCACAAUUCAAAAUUGUGUAAGAUCUAUCAAAAUUUUAUAUAAACUCG